UUUCGGUUUCACUGGGCAUAAACUGUAUAUUUUAUUAUUUCAAAUAUAGAUAAAACUAUUUUUUAUAUGUGAGGUAUUAAUAACACUUGUAGAAAAAGACAUUUAACGAUAUGCUAAUGAUUAAACGUACAAACUCAGGGGAAAAAAUAAAGCAAAAAUGUGUUAUACACUGUUUCGCAGAAUGUGCAUUUUAGUCCGUCUUUUAUUAAAAAUAUAAGAAAUAAUAAAAUUAUUGCACCUGAUCGAGAUUUUAUAUAUGAAUUAUAAACAGAUAGAAACGCAGAUAAAAGUGUAACAUAUAUUAACAAAAUGCUGUUUUACAAUAUGCAAUUAUAUAUGCGCUAAUGGAUUUUACUUUCUUCAGUCAAAAUGAAGGUGUCAGUUCUCGCUGUUGUCGCCCUUCUCGGAGCUCUCGGCUGCGUUCUCGGUAUGGGAUACGGGGCCGGAUACGGAUACGUGCCGGUGUACCAAGGAGCGUCCAGGGGCUCUGGUGGGCUCGGAGACAGCGGACUACUGAUGCUGAUUGGUCUUCUCUUCGUGUUCACGUUGUUGUUCAACACCAAUCUGUUCAACACCACCGCUACCAACACCAGCUCUGCCACCCCGAUUACAAUCGUCCAGGGUUAAAUGACCACUGGUUGAUGUCUUUGAGGGACCAAUCCAGCGAUGUCUACAGGAUGCUUCGUAAAUCCCUUGGGCUUGAAAUACACGCGGCUCAUGCUUUAUGCCAUGAUUUGCCCCUGUGCUUAGCUGUAAUGUUUUCUCGAAUAAAUUAUCUCAUUAUACAACUUUUUUAUUUUUAA